AUGAGGGUCUGCCUGGGUUGUAUUCUUCUCCAAGUGUUAUUGUCACUAUUCAUAUUAUCUGCCGAUGCAGAAAGGCCUGGUCAGAGGUUGCUUUUGGCUUCCAAUGCUACAAUUGGGCAAAGACAUGCUGAGGAAUAUUGCGCAAUGUAUGAUAUCUGUGGAGCGCGCACUGACAAGAAAGUAGUCAACUGUCCUUAUGGUUCCCCUUCUGUGAAGCCAGACAGUGUAUUCUCCUCAAAGAUUCAAAGUUUGUGCCCAACGAUCACUGGAAAUGUCUGUUGUACAGAGGCUCAAUUUGAUACUUUGAAAACUCAAGUUCAGCAAGCUAUUCCCUUUCUAGUUGGCUGCCCGGCAUGCCUGAGAAAUUUUUUGAAUUUAUUCUGUGAACUUUCGUGCUCUCCAAAUCAAAGUCAGUUUAUCAAUGUGACUUCUGUUGUUAAGAUGGGAAACAACUUAACUGUGGGUGGCAUUGAUUUCUUUAUUACUGAUGAUUUUGGGGAGGGAUUGUUCGAAUCCUGCAAGGAUGUAAAGUUCGGGUCCAUGAAUACCAAGGUUAUAGAUUUCGUCGGUGCUGGUGCCAAGAGUUUUAGAGAAUGGUAUGCAUUUAUUGGUAGGCAAGCACCGCUUGGAGUGCCCGGAUCUCCAUAUACUAUAAACUUCAGGUCUACUGCUCCCGAGUCAUCUGGAAUGAAGCCUAUGAAUACAUCUACAUAUUCGUGCCAUGACACUGCGCUAGGCUGUUCAUGCGGCGAUUGUCCAGCAUCUCCUGUUUGCACUGCUUCACAUCCUCCUGCUCCUCAUGGAAAAAGUUCCUGCUCAGUGAGGAUUGGUACUCUCCAGGCAAAGUGCGUUGAAGUUGCUGUUGCUGUAUUAUACAUUGUACUGGUCUCACUGUUCCUUGGAUGGGGUUUUUGGCAUAAGAAAAAAGGAAGAGCUCCUGAUUCAAGAACUAAACCACUGGUUAACGUCACCAAUGUUGGUGUUCUUCGACAUGUCAACAGUCAAAAAGAUGAAAAUAUUCCCAUGCAGAUGCUUGAGGAUGUUCCUCAAAUUACAAACGGAGUCCAACUCUCAAUUGUGCAAGGUUACAUGGCUAGAUUUUACCGGAAAUAUGGAACAUGGGUUGCUAGAAAUCCAAUCCUUGUUCUGUGCUCGUCGUUGGCCAUUGUUCUUGUACUUUGCUUAGGCCUGAUCCGUUUUGAAGUUGAGACAAGGCCAGAGAAGCUUUGGGUGGGACCUGGGAGUAGAGCUGCAGAGGAGAAGCAAUUCUUUGACAAUCACCUGGCCCCCUUCUAUAGAAUUGAGCAGCUCAUAAUAGCAACAAAUCCUGACACAGGCACUGGAAAUCGGCCAAGUAUUAUCACAGAAAACAACAUCAAGUUGCUUUUUGAUAUACAGAAGAAGGUAGAUGCAAUUCAAGGCAAUUUUUCUGGUUCUAUGGUAUCUUUGACGGACCUUUGCAUGAAGCCACUUGGCCAAGCUUGUGCCACACAAAGUGUACUUCAAUAUUUCCAGAUGGAUCCUGCCAAACAAACUGAUCCUGUUGGCCAUCUCAAUUAUUGUUUUCAGCAAUUUAGCUCAGAAGUGUCUUGUAUGAGUUCAUUCAAAGCUCCACUUGAUCCGAGCACUGCACUUGGUGGUUUCUCUGGGAAUAAUUACUCUGAGGCCACUGCAUUCAUUGUCACCUAUCCUGUAAACAACGCGGUUGACAAAGAAGGAAAUUACACAAAGAAGGCAGUGGCUUGGGAAAAGGCCUUUAUUCAGUUAGCCCAGGAAGAACUCUUGCCUCUGGUGCGGUCGAAUAAUUUAACACUUUCAUUUUCCUCCGAGAGUUCUAUUGAGGAAGAGCUGAAAAGAGAAAGCACGGCAGAUGUCAUAACUAUUAUGAUAAGUUAUCUAGUGAUGUUUGCAUAUAUAUCACUGACACUGGGAGAUACACCUCGCUUCACUGCUUACUAUAUUUCAUCCAAGGUGUUGCUUGGUCUAUCAGGAGUAGUGCUUGUUUUGCUCUCUGUUCUUGGAUCUGUUGGAUUCUUUAGUGCGAUUGGCAUAAAGUCGACACUUAUUAUAAUGGAAGUCAUCCCCUUCCUCGUUUUAGCAGUUGGAGUUGACAACAUGUGCAUACUUGUGCAUGCUGUUAAAAGGCAACCCUUGGAGCUGCCCUUGGAAGGCCGUGUUAGCAAUGCACUAGUUGAAGUGGGACCUUCAAUUACUCUUGCUAGUUUAUCUGAGGUGUUGGCUUUUGCAGUCGGAAGUUUUAUUCCUAUGCCUGCAUGUCGCGUGUUUUCCAUGUUUGCAGCGUUGGCUGUUCUCUUGGACUUUCUUCUGCAAGUUACUGCUUUUGUUGCAUUGAUAGUUUUUGAUUUCUUAAGAGCAGAAGACAAAAGAGUUGAUUGUUUCCCAUGUCUUAAAGUCUCUGAUUCAUCUCCUGACCCUGAGAGUGGUGGGAAUCAGAGAAAAACAGGAUUACUUGUUCGAUAUAUGAAGGACAUUCAUGCACCUGUCCUUAACAUAUGGGGAGUGAAAGUCGUGGUCAUCUGCGUUUUUGGUGCCUUCGUUUUGGCAAGCAUUGCAUUAUGUACAAGGAUAGAACCUGGCCUUGAACAGCAGAUUGUCCUUCCUCGAGAUUCUUAUCUUCAGGGUUACUUUAACAAUGUCACAGAGUAUCUCAGAAUCGGACCACCUCUUUAUUUUGUUUUGAAAAACUUUAACUAUAGUCCAGAAUCAAAUCAAACAAAUCAAUUGUGUUCGAUCAGCCAAUGUGAUCCGAAUUCCCUUUUGAAUCAGAUUGCUGGAGCGUCUUUGAUACCGGAGACAAGUUACAUUGCAAAACCUGCAGCUUCCUGGCUUGAUGACUUUCUUGUUUGGAUGUCUCCACAAGCUUUUGGCUGCUGUAGGAAAUUCACCAAUGGGAGUUAUUGUCCUCCUGAUGACCAGACUCCUUGUAGCAUGGAUAGAGCAACAACUGGCAUAUGUAAGGAUUGUACAACGUGUUUUCUCUCCUCAGAAUUAGAGAAUAAUCGUCCAUCAGCAACACAAUUCCAGGAGAAACUUCCAUGGUUCCUUAAUGCACUACCUUCAGCUAAUUGUGCCAAGGGCGGGAUAGGAGCGUAUAGCACCAGUGUGGAGCUUAAAGGGUUCGAGGAUGGAGUCAUUCAAGCAUCUUCAUUUCGUACCUAUCACACCCCCCUGAACAAACAAGCUGACUUUGUCAACUCAAUGAGAGCUGCUCGUGAUUUCAGUUCUAGGGUUUCUGAUUCUUUAAAGAUUGAGGUCUUCCCUUAUGCUGUAUUUUACAUGUUUUUUGAGCAAUAUCUUAAUAUAUGGAGAACAGCAUUAAUCAACCUUGCAAUAGCUAUUGGUGCAGUUUUUGUUGUCUGCCUGGUAAUCACUUGUAGCUUGUGGACUUCAGCAAUCAUUUUGCUAGUGCUAACAAUGAUAGUGGUGGACCUCAUGGGCGUAAUGGCGAUUCUGAAUAUACAACUGAAUGCAGUGUCUGUGGUCAACCUUGUUAUGUCGGUUGGCAUAGCUGUUGAGUUCUGUGUUCAUAUAACCCAUGCUUUCUUGGUAAGCAGUGGAGAUCGAAACCAACGCAUGAGGGAUGCUUUGACGACAAUGGGAGCUUCUGUAUUCAGCGGAAUCACACUUACAAAGCUUGUUGGGGUGCUGGUCCUUUGUUUCUCAAGGACGGAAGUUUUUGUGGUCUACUACUUUAAAAUGUAUCUCGCAUUGGUUCUACUGGGAUUUUUGCAUGGACUUGUGUUUUUACCUGUACUUCUAAGCUUGUUUGGUCCACCUUCAAGAUGUGUAUUAAUAGAAAAGCAAGAGGAUCGGCCAUCUACUUCAUCACAGAUCUGA